AUGAUCCCGAUGGCACUGCACGUCGACAAUCAAGCGGUGUUGAAGCAGUUGGCGGAUGAGGCGUCUUCUCUAAAGGCAGAGCACUUUGACGUGCGCCUUAAGUUUUUCUACGACUAUGCCCGGCGUGGGGUAGUCGCGGCCCAGUAUGUGCGCUCGGAGCUGCAACUGGCGGACCUGCUAACGAAUUCCUUGACGCUGCUGAGGUCGCAGAGUUGUGCAAGUUGCUACAACUCGGCUAAAUGA